AGAGAGAGAGAGAGAGAGAUCUGGGGGGAAGUUUCAACAUUUUCAUCCUUUGGAAUGCAUCAACGCCUCUGGAUGCACCAGGUUGGACGACAAACGUUGAAAUGCGCAAUUAUUUGUAGCGUUUAUAAAGUGGUUUGCCUGGGUUGAAUUAUUUUCCACAGAUAUCUUUGAUACAUUCCUUUUGGAAAAGUUAAGGGAAACUUGGUCCUAUAUCGGGUCUGAGGCGUAUCUCCGACUGGGGAGAUAAGCUUAGACUUGGUAGCUACUGCGCAGGCUGCGUCCGAGUCGCAGUCGUCAAUGGUAAAACACUGACCGGUGGAGUUGUACACAUUUGAGAAGAAGAGAUGCAAGACAGUGCAAGUCGAGGACUGCUUUUGCAGCUGGUCCUGCUGCUGCUAGUGGCGUUGUUGUCGCCUCUAGCUGUGGCUGUGGCCGAAGAGGACGCCGCUGCAGAGCUGGUCACCGCAGAAGACAGCGAGCUGGCCAAGCCGUCCGAGCCCAGGGCAAGCCGGGCUAAAAGGAGGGGAGGCUCGGAAGUCCUCAGAGGGCCUAACGUGUGCGGAACUAGAAACAACGCUUUCUGCUGCCAAGGCUGGAAGACCCUGACCGGAGGCAACCAGUGUAUUGUCCCCAUCUGCCGCAGUACCUGUGGAGAUGGGUUCUGUUCCAGACCCAACAUGUGCACGUGCCCCACCGGACAGAUCGCUACUUCCUGUGGGACCAAGUCAGUCCAGCACUGUAACAUCCGCUGCAUGAACGGCGGAUCGUGUGCUGAGGACAACUGUCUCUGCCAGAAAGGCUACGUGGGGAACCACUGCGGACAACCGGUGUGUGAGAACGGCUGCCUUAACGGAGGGCGCUGCGUGGCCCCCAACCGCUGCGUGUGCACGUACGGCUUCACGGGAGCGCAGUGCGAGAGAGACUACCGGACUGGACCCUGCUUUGCCUCGGUGAGCAACCAGAUGUGCCAGGGACAGCUGACGGGCAUCGUGUGCACCAAGACCCUCUGCUGUGCCACGGUGGGCCGGGCCUGGGGUCACCCCUGUGAGAUGUGUCCGGCGCAGCCUCAGCCCUGCCGUAGAGGCUUCAUACCCAACCAUCGAACCGGGGCAUGCCAAGAUGUGGAUGAGUGCCAGGCCAUCCCUGGUCUGUGUCAGGGUGGGAAAUGCAUCAACACCGUGGGAUCCUUCGAGUGCAAGUGCCCUGCUGGACACAAGUUUAACGAAGUCACACAGAAAUGCGACGACUUGGAUGAGUGCACAAACAUUGCAGGGUUGUGUGCUGGAGGCGAGUGCUCUAACACUGCUGGCAGCUACUUCUGCAAAUGUCCCCAGGGGUAUUAUACACCUGUGGACGGUUCCAGGUGCAUAGAUGCACGGAGUGGAUACUGCUAUAACAGCCUGUUAAAUGGACAAUGUGCUAACCAGAAUUCCGAGCUGCUGAGCAAGAUGCAGUGCUGCUGUGGCAAUGGACGCUGCUGGUCGGACGGCUCUGCCCCAGAGAUGUGCCCUAUCCAGGGAGCAGAUGAGCACACCAGACUGUGCACUCCGUUACCUGGUAUUGGUAAUGGUGGAUUGAAUCCUGGUCAAAUUCCUGGGAUUUAUCCAGGCCCGGGCCUGUACCCAGGCCCUGGCCCAUACCCAGGCCCAAACCAAGGCCCAAACCCAGGCCAGUACCCAGGCCCAAACCAAGGCCCAAACCCGGGUCCAUAUCCUGGACCAUUCCCAGGCCAAUAUCCAGGACCAAACCAAGGCCUUUUUCCCGGACAACUCCCCCUGCAACCUCAACCUGUACCAGGUCUCAUCUUAUCCCAGAACAUAACCAACAUCUGCCAGACCUUCCCAAACCUGUGUCUGCGUGGGAGGUGUAUCCCCACGGUGGGGAUCGGAUACCGCUGCGAGUGCAACAUGGGCUUCAAACUGGACGGCAGAGGAGUGUGCCUGGACAACAAUGAAUGUGACAGAAACCCGUGUGCGCACGGAGAAUGCGUCAACACACCCGGGUCCUACAUCUGUCAGUGUCCCCCUGGCUUCCAGACCACUGCCACCAAGACAGAGUGUAGAGAUAUUGACGAGUGUGUGGCCAACGGGCGUAUCUGCAACAAUGGACGCUGUCUAAACACGGAGGGCAGCUUCCACUGUGUCUGCAAUGCCGGAUUUGUGAUCACCGCAGAUGGAAAAAACUGUGAAGACCAGGAUGAGUGCCUGAUCAGAAACAUGUGUCUGAACGGGCUGUGUAUCAACGAGGACGGCAGCUUCAAAUGCAUCUGUAAACCUGGCUUCCUGCUGAUGGCAAGCGGACGCAUGUGUGUAGACAUUGAUGAGUGUGAGACUCCUGGUAUGUGCAUGAAUGGCCGCUGUGUGAACACAGAGGGCUCUUUCCGCUGUGACUGUAUGCCUGGCCUGGCCGUGGGACUCGACGGCCGGGUCUGUGUUGACACACACAUGCGCAGUUCAUGUUACGGUGGGUACAAGCGAGGACAGUGUGUGAAGCCUUUAUUCGGAGCAGUAACCAAGUCUGAGUGUUGCUGUGCCAGUACGGAGUAUGCCUUCGGAGAGCCCUGCCAGCCAUGCCCGGCCAAAAACUCUGCGGAAUUCCAGGGCCUGUGCCCAAAUGACCUUGGCACAACCAGUGAUGGCAGAGAUAUUAACGAGUGUGCCCUGGACCCUGACAUCUGUCACAACGGUGUGUGUGAGAACAUGCUGAGAACAUACAAGUGUAACUGCAACGCAGGCUUUGAGGUGGACAUCACUGGGAAGAGCUGUGUAGACAUUGACGAGUGUCUGGUAAACAGACUGCUGUGUGACAACGGCCUGUGUAGGAACACACCAGGGAGCUUCAGCUGCCACUGCCCGCCAGGAUACCGCUUCGAUACCCAGACGGAUGUCUGCGAUGACGUCAACGAGUGUUUGUCCAGCCCAUGUGUGAACGGGGAUUGUCUGAACAGCCCGGGGUCCUUUGUGUGUCUGUGUACGUCAGGCAGCACACUGGACACCACUGGGUUACAGUGUAUAGAGACCACUAAAGGCACAUGCUGGCUGAAGAUGAUCAACGAGAGGUGUGAGGUCAACAUCAACGGGGCUACGCUCAAGUCCCACUGCUGCUCCACCCUGGGGGAGGCCUGGGGAAGCCCCUGUGGGCGCUGUGAAGCAGAUCCUUUCUGCAGCAAGGGCUACGCCAGAGUCAAAGGAAAUCUCUGUGAAGACGUGAAUGAGUGCGAGGUGUUUCCUGGGGUGUGCGUCAAUGGGAAUUGCGUCAACAAUCAGGGCUCCUUCAUCUGCCAGUGCCCCGCUGGCAUGACCGUGGACGCCAGUGGCAGGACAUGUAUUGACCUGCGCACAGAGCACUGCUACCUGACCCACGAGGACGAGCGCUGUGCGGCCCCUAUUGGGGGCAAGCAUCGCGUCGACGCGUGCUGCUGCUCUGUGGGCGUAGCCUGGGGCCCAGAAUGUGACGAGUGUCCAGAGAAAGGUACCCAGGACUACAACCAGCUGUGUCCCCGGGGCCCAGGCUUCUCCCACAGGGGGGACUUCAUCAACGGCAGGCCCUUCCUCAAAGAUAUAAACGAGUGCAGGAUGAUCAACAGCCUGUGCAGCAACGGACGGUGCCGGAACACCAUCGGCAGCUUCCGCUGUCGCUGUGACAGCGGCUACUCUCUGGACCACGACGAGAAGAAUUGCACUGACAUCGACGAGUGUCGCAUCUCGCCUGACCUGUGUGGCCAGGGCACGUGUGUGAACACACCGGGAGACUUUGAGUGCAAGUGCUUCCAGGGAUAUGAGAGUGGCUUCAUGAUGAUGAAGAACUGCAUGGACAUUGACGAGUGUGAGACCAACCCCCUGCUGUGUCGCGGGGGUCUGUGCGUGAACCUGGAGGGCAGCUUCGAGUGCGAGUGUCCGGACGGUCACCAGGUCUCCACUGACGGCACCGCCUGUCUAGACAUCAACGAGUGUGAGCUGAGCGACAGGCUGUGCAGAAACGGCCAGUGUAUCAACAUGGUGGGCCGCUACCAGUGCUUCUGCGACACUGGAUACAAAUCCACGGAGAGCAGACUGGAAUGCGUCGACAUCGAUGAAUGCACCAUUGAGAACGGCGGCUGUGAGAUGUUCUGCACCAACUCAGAGGGAAGCUACGAGUGCAGCUGUCAGAGUGGCUACGCCCUGAUGCCUGACCUGAGGAGCUGCAUAGACAUUGACGAAUGUGAGGAGAGCCCCGAGGUGUGCGAGGGGGGACAGUGCACCAACACCCCAGGGACCUACCAGUGCCUCUGCUUCGACGGCUUCAUGACCUCUGAAGACAUGAAGACCUGCCUUGAUGUGGACGAGUGUGAUCUCAACUCCAACAUCUGUCUGAGUGGGAACUGUGAGAACACCAAGGGAUCCUUCAUCUGUCACUGUGAACUGGGGUACUCUGUCCGGAAAGGAACCACGGGCUGCACAGACAUCAACGAGUGUGAGAUCGGAGCCCAUAACUGUGACAACCACGCCACGUGCACCAACUCGGCCGGAAGCUUCAAGUGCACCUGUGCCCCGGGCUGGGUCGGCGACGGACUCAAAUGCACAGACCUGGAUGAAUGCUCCAAUGGGACCCACAUGUGCAACAACCAAGCAGAGUGCAUGAAUACAUUGGGCUCCUACCGCUGCGUGUGCAAGGAAGGAUUCUCUGGAGAUGGGUUCCACUGUUCAGACAGCGACGAGUGUGCAGAUAACGGGAACCUGUGUGAGAGCGGCCACUGCCUCAACCUCCCCGGGGGCUACCGCUGUGAAUGUGACAUGGGGUUCAUACCCGCGCUCGACGGCAAGGCCUGCACGGAUAUCGAUGAAUGUACGUUUUCCGACAUCUGCGUCAACGGACGGUGCCGAAACAUUCCAGGGCUGUUCCGAUGUGAAUGCAACACAGGCUAUGAACUGGAUCGAAGUGGAGGCAACUGCACAGACGUGGAUGAGUGUGCCGACCCCAACUUCUGUAUGAAUGGAGUCUGCAUCAACACCCCUGGCAACUACGACUGUCAGUGCGCACCAGACUUCCAACUCAAUCCCACCCGGAUGGGCUGUGUAGACACGCGCUCGGGGAGCUGCUUCAUAGAUAAGCGUUCCCGCGGCGAUGCUUCAGAGAACCUGGAAUGUUCAAACGAGAUUGGAGUCGGGGUGUCCAAGGCUUCCUGCUGCUGCUCCCUGGGUCAGGGCUGGGGGAACCCGUGUGAAUCCUGUCCCCCGGUCAACUCCACACAAUACAGGACUCUGUGUCCCGGGGGAGAGGGAUUCAGACCAAACCCCAUCACUGUCAUCCUUGAAGAUAUAAACGAAUGCCAGGAGCUACCAGGACUGUGCCAGGGAGGAAAUUGCAUCAACACCUUUGGCAGCUUCCAGUGUGAAUGUCCCAGAGGAUACUCGCUCAACGCUGAGACCAGAGUCUGUGAAGACGUGAAUGAGUGUCAGAAUCCGGGCAUCUGCGGCCCAGGCCAGUGUUACAACACCAUAGGGAACUACACCUGCAUCUGCCCCGUGGACUACAUGCAGAUCAACGGAGGAAACAACUGCAUGGACAUGAGGAAGAGCUACUGCUACAGAAACUUCUACACGGACAACGCCACAUGUGAUGCGGAGCUGACCUUCAACAUGACAAAGAAGAUGUGCUGCUGCUCCUACAACAUCGGCCGCGCCUGGAACAAACCCUGCGAGCAGUGUCCUGUUCCCAGCACUAAUGAGUUCCUCAGUCUGUGCGGCAGUGUGAGGCCGGGAUACUACAUAGACAUCUACACCGGACAAGUCAUCGACAUCGACGAGUGCCGGCAGAUCCCGGGCGUCUGCGAGAACGGCCUCUGCAUCAACAUGGUCGGGAGUUUCAGGUGCGAGUGUCCCCUGGGCUUCGUCUACAACAACAAGAUGCUAGUCUGUGAAGACAUCGACGAAUGCCAGAACGGUCCAGUUUGCCAGCAGAACGCAGCCUGUCUGAAUAUGCCGGGGAGCUAUCGUUGCGAGUGCAAGCCUGGCUAUCGCUUCACCUCCUCGGGACAGUGUAUGGAUCGCAAUGAGUGUCUUGAGAACCCUGGUGUGUGCAGUCCUGGCCAGUGCAUUGAUACGCUUGGAAGCUACCGCUGCAUCUGUCCCAAUGGCUUUAAAACCACCACGGAUGGCUCCAUGUGUAUCGACGUGGACGAGUGUGAGAAGCAGGCUUGCGGCAACGGGACGUGUAAGAACACGGUGGGCUCAUACAACUGCCUCUGCUACCCGGGAUUCGAGAACUCACACAACCACGACUGCAUAGACGUCGACGAGUGCGGAGUGCAGAGAGGGCUGUGCAGGAACGGCCAGUGUCUCAACACCGUGGGGACCUUCUACUGCGUGUGUGGAGACGGAUACGAACUCUCUGCCGACGGACGGGUCUGCAAUGAUAUCAACGAGUGUGCCGUAAACCCUGGGACCUGCGGCGUGGGGGUCUGCGUCAACCUGGACGGAUCCUACAGGUGCAUCUGUCCAGCAGGCUACUACCUGCAUGAGGAGACCUGCGAAGAUAUCGACGAGUGCUCGCAGUCGCCGGACAUCUGCUUGUUUGGGACAUGCUCCAACACAGAGGGGAGCUUCACGUGCCUGUGUCCAGAGGGCUUCCAGGUCGCCCCAUCGGGACGCAGAUGUCAGGACUUCCGUGAGAGCUACUGCUUCACUCAGUUCGAGAACGGACGCUGCAUGGCCCCAAGGUCCCUCAACACCACCAAAGAGCACUGCUGCUGCACAUCCACGAUUGGCCAGGGAUGGGGAGACCCCUGUGAGAUCUGCCCCAGCAAGGACGAGGAGGCCUACACCAAUCUAUGUCAGUUCUCUGGCUACACACGAGGGGUUGAUGACAAUCCUAUUGAUAUUGAUGAGUGCAUCUACGAGCAAUGCGAUAAUGGCCAGUGUAUCAACACAGACGGCUCGUUCCGCUGUGAAUGUCCCAUGGGAUACCGGCUGGGCACCACUGGAGUAACCUGUGAAGACACCGAUGAGUGUGACAUCGGCAACCCUUGUGGCAAUGGAACGUGCACCAACGUGAUUGGAGGGUUCGAGUGUGCAUGUGACAACGGCUUUGAACCUGGCCCGAUGAUGACCUGCGAAGACAUCAACGAGUGUUCCCAGAAUCCCUUGCUGUGUGCCUUCCGCUGCGUCAACGUGGUGGGCUCUUAUGAGUGUAAAUGUCCCACGGGCUACGUGUUGCGAGACGACAAGAGGAUGUGCAAAGACCAGAACGAGUGUGAAGACGGCCUGGACGACUGCGCCAGCAACGGCAUGACUUGCAAGAACCUCAUCGGAACGUUCAUGUGCAUCUGUUCCCCGGGAUACAUGCGGAAACCCAACGGAGAGGGCUGCAUCGAUCUGAACGAGUGUGGCAAACCAGGCACCUGUAAGAAUGGCCGUUGUGAGAACACCAUUGGAAGCUUCCGUUGUAGAUGUGACCAAGGAUUCGAAGCCAACCCCACCCAGACGGAGUGCAUAGAUAACCGCCAGGGUUUCUGCUUCACCGAGGUCCUGACCACACUCUGUCAGAUGACGUCCAGCAACAGGAACAUGGUGACCAAGUCCGAGUGCUGCUGCGAUGGGGGCCGGGGCUGGGGAACAGGCUGUGAGCUCUGCCCCCUCCCCGGGACCACCCAGUACAGGAAGAUGUGUCCCCUGGGCCCAGGUUACACCACAGAUGGCAGAGACAUAGACGAGUGUCGCGUGAUGGGGAAUCUGUGCAAGAACGGCCAGUGCAUCAACAUGCUGGGCUCCUAUAGCUGCGUCUGCAAGGCAGGCUACACCACGGAUAUUACUAGCACGCUGUGUGUGGACGUGGAUGAGUGCAUCCAGGCACCCAAGCCUUGUAACUUCAUCUGCAAGAAUUCAGAAGGAGGCUAUCUCUGCUCCUGCCCACGCGGAUACAUCCUUCAGGAGGACGGGAAGAGCUGCAAAGAUCUGGAUGAGUGCUCAAGCAAGCAGCACAACUGUCAGUUCCUGUGCGUCAACACAAUUGGAGGGUUCACCUGCAAAUGUCCUCCAGGAUUCACACAGCAUCACACAGCCUGUAUAGACAAUAACGAGUGUGCCUCGGACCCUAAUCUGUGCGGCAGCAAUGGUGUCUGCCAGAACAGUCCAGGAAGUUACAAUUGUGAUUGUCAACGUGGAUUUUCAUUGGACCCUGCCGGACAAACAUGUGAAGAUACGGAUGAGUGUGAUGAUAACCACAGGUGUCAACAUGGCUGUCAGAACCUGGUGGGUGGUUACAGGUGUAGCUGCCCUCAGGGAUACCUUCAGCACUACCAGUGGAACCAGUGCGUUGAUGAGAAUGAAUGUCAAAACAGCCAGAUCUGUGGGGGGGCGUCGUGCCACAACACACUGGGGAGCUUCCGCUGUGCGUGCCCCACCGGCUUCAACUACCAGCAGAACAGCGGGGGCUGCUCCGACGUCAACGAGUGCUCCUCCAGCCAAAACCCCUGCAACUACGGCUGCUCCAACACGGACGGCGGCUACCUCUGUGGCUGCCCUUCUGGAUACUUCCGGGCAGGCCAAGGGCACUGCGUGUCCGGUGCGGGCUUCGACGGCAGCACUGACACCGGCGUCAGUAUUGGACAAGCUGGAGUUGGAGACGGAGGUGGAGCGAAAGACGACAACUCUCUCUCUCAUGAGGCCUGCUAUGAAUGUAAGAUCAACGGCUAUCCCAAGAAGGGACGCAGUCGACGCAGUACCAACUCUACCCAGGAGGGGGAGCCCCUCAGUCACCAACAGCAGGAGGUGGUCAGCAUGGCCAGCCUGGACAUCGAGGACACCCUCCUGUUCAACCUGAACAUCAGUGACCUGAGCGGCGGUGUCCCUAUCCUGGAGUUCACGCCAGCGCUGUCCACCCUCAACGACCACGUCCGCUACACCAUCGACUACGGCAACCAGGAGGGCUACUUUAAGAUCCACCAGGCCCAGGGCGUGAGCUACCUCCACCUGGCCAAGAGGAGGAAGGCACUGCCUCCCGGGGCGUAUGAGCUCCAGAUCAGCAGCGCACCGCUGUACCACAAGAAGGAGCUGGCCGAGCUGGAGGACAGACACGAUAAGGAUUACCUCACAGGACAGCUGGGCGACACGCUGAGGAUGAGGGUGCAGAUCGUCCUCCAUUAACCGCCACGCGACAGAGACGGGGGCAGAGGCUGCCACGCCGCGACUGUUGAUCCAGGCUCAGACGUUCUCCAAGGAAAACAAAAGAAAGGCCCGAAGCUUAAGCGUCUGUGGCUGCUGGAGGAACCACCGAGUCUGGGUCAGCGGUGGUGGGGGAGAGGGCAGCUCCUUCCUUGCUCCAACGUGGAGGAAGGCUUGACACCAAAGAGACAAGGAUUGAGGUUUUGUAGGGUGGAAGGGGCGGGUGGGUGUGGGUGGGGGGGUGGGGGGCGAAAUAGUUUGAUUCCCAAAGACGAUUCUACAUAUCAUAGAUAUACAAUCGCCCACGUUUUUUUUUUUUUUUGUUUUAAAACGACCGGCUGAUCUUGUCCGUGUGUCAUGAUCCUCAGAUGAAGAACAUAUUGUCCUGACAAACAACUUCAGCUGUGUGCAAAAAAGUGCUCUAGCGAAUGUGAGGGGUGGGGGGUGGGGGAUUGUGCAGAGGGGAGAGGUGGCAAGAAUUGUUCAAUGUUGUAUAUGAUAUGUGGAAUCGGGCACCAGUUUGAAAGGGCACUUGAACUGGAGAAGGCUUUACAUAGCUCGUCUUUGGUGUAAGAAUUGGAAGUAAUUAAUUUGCAGUGAAUUCCUUUCCUCUAUUAAACAAAAAAAAAACAGCAUGAACAUCUGACUUUCUUAUAUAUUUGACUGAAAAUAAGUAAGACUAACCGGAAGUUGUUGGCUGAGGAAAGGAACUUACUGUAGACUAUUGGAAUGGACCCAUGUCUGAGCUUGAAUGAUGUCUUCUGCAUAUUUAAACUAAGCUUAUUCCAUUUUUCCUACUGACUAGAAUAAUUCAUAUUUACUGGUGCUAGCAAAACAAUUAGACUUCUGAAAUGCACUGUACUAUUCAGUAGUCACAAUAAUUCCAUUCCAUCGGCCGCUUCUUCAGAUUUCAAGUCUUCGCUACAAAAACAGUUAGCUUCAUACCCUGUGUGCUCUUCUUUAUACUACAUGUAAAUUAUGUGUGUUUAUACUGUAAUAAUCAAUGCCACCUUUAAUCUAUGAAGCAUUUGUAAACUAUAGGAAUCCUCGCAACGUUGAAGGGGUUUGUAAUGGUGCUUAUAAUGACCAACUACUUUGUAAACUGUGUAUACAUACAAAUCUGUGCACACAUACCACAUUGUGAUGACGCCAAACGUGGGCCUUCAUGAUUAUGCACUGAGGCCUUCAUGGCCACACAUUCUCUCACAAGUACAAUCAGUGCCGCAUCGUCUUGGACCAGCCUUAAGACACCCGUCUGUGUUCUCCGCUCACGUCAGUGAGGGUUUUCGUCCGAAAUUCACAAUAAACUUACAUAUUUUUGGUGUAUAUGUCACCACUGCUAUG